AGAACAGAAAUGGUUAGGCAGGUUUCCAUUCAUCUAAUGCCUCUGUUCAUCUAGCAGUAAGUAGGUACCCAGUUGUUUGGCAACUGUUUUGGGCAACCCGUUCUCCUAAAAUGAGAGUAUGUAGUAACUAUGUAGUGGCAAGUACCAGCAUGUAGCCCCGACAAAGGCAGUAAUGUUGAAGAUUAUCACAUAUAUCUCAAAUAUAUAUUAGUUAUGGCGUAGUUCAGGUAGCAGUAAUAAGAGGUACUCACAGCCCCAUUCUCUUAAAAUGAUAGUAUUUAAUAGCAAAAACUAUUUGAUGGAGCGUAGACAAGAGAGAGACGGGCAGACAGACAGGAAGGGCGCAGGUCGCUGAGGGGUGACGGUAAUGACGGCACCUUAUGAUCAAACAGACGGGCUGGCGAGCGGACAGUGUUGGCCAGACCACCUUGCCUCUCGCUCAUACACUCGCCUGCUGGAUUUGAAGAGACAAAAAUAGUGGCGCACGCGAGUUGAGUUGACGGUAAAACCUGGUGUUUACAGUGGUUUACGCGACCCAGAUGUUGGUGUAAACUGGCGGUUCCAAUCAUUCCCGAAGCGGACGCUACGAGGUCUCAGCCGCUGCAACCCUAGCGAGGUCAGGGGUUACAAGGUGUGAGGGCCACUGGGUGUGAAGGAGGUCAGUGUGGACCACUUGGUGCGAAAGCGGCCAGGUGUGAGUGCCACUGUAGGUGUGCAGAAGAUCAGAUCAGAGGCAUAUCGCAAACAUGUCAGGAUCAGUGCCAGCGCUUUACCACCAGCCGCCCGCCGCCCUCAACAAGACCGUGGCCUUGAAGACGGUCGACACAAGGCCCUUCGAGCAAAGCCUGUCGUUGGUGCCACCGACCCUGAGCCGCUCCUACCCAACGGAGAGCCGCGUGUUGGACGCCGUCAGGUUCCCCAACAUCUUCAGCUCGGCGACCUCCACCAUGAAGACCAGAUACACCCCGGCUGACUGGUCACAGAGUAACCUGGACCACUACAGUGACGCCGACAGCACACGAGGCAUCUCAGAGAGAGUCAGAGACGAUGCUGUCAGGCUUGUGGGGUACACCUACGACCGGACCAACAUAGCUCAGCGGGAGAGUUCACAGCGGCUGGGGGAACGGGUGAGCGACAUCACCUUCUGGAGGAGCGAGCUGAUGCAAGAGCUGGACCGCAUGCUGGCCGAGACCAACCGCCUCAACGACUCCCGUCGAGCGCUCGAACACGCUCUCCGAGAUACAGAGAACCCCAUGCAUGUCACCAAGGAGUGCCUCUACUUCAGAGAGAAUCGCCAAGGAAUUGACCUGGUCAGAGAUCAUCCUGAGGAGGCCAUGCUGAGGGAGGUGGACACCAUCAAGGACUGCCAGACCCGCAUGAAGAACUUACUCGACCGAGUCAACCUCCAGCUGAGUCGGGACAGGGCGGCGCGGCAGGACCUGGAGCACGACACCAUGAACAAGAACCAUGCCCUGACUAUCGACCACACACAGCACUCCCUCCACAACUACUCCGCCGCCAUCACCUACUACCCAGGCAUCGAGAGAGUCGACAACACAGUAAGUGUGCCGGAGACAUGGGCAGAGUUCAGCAACCGGAACAUUCAGCAGAGUCAGAGCGAAAGGAGCAGCUCCCAGCGGCUACGGCAGGAGGUUGAUGCCCUCAUCGCUGCCACGCACCAGGACAUGUGGAUGGCCUGGUCCUCGUCCAACACCUGCCUCACCCACCGCGCGGGGGAGACGGGUGACACCAGAAACAAGCUCUUGGCUCACAGGGAUCGGGUCCAGAGGGAGAUGAACGACCUGGAGCGCCACAUCGAUAUGCUGAAGAAGGCCAUCCUGGACAAGUCGGCACCGCUGAAGGUAGUGCAGACGAGGCUGGAGGGUCGAACUCACCGCCCGGAGAUGGAGCUCUGCAGGGACCCACCACAACACAGGAUGGUGCGGGAGGUGCAGGAGCUGAGUGAGAGCGUGGAGUCCCUCCGCCACAAGCUGUCCGAGGCGGAGAACUCCCUUCACCGCCUGGCGCAGAUCAGGGCCCGCCUCGACCACGACCUCGGCGUCAAGACCAACUCCCUCUACAUCGACAGAGACAAGUGUCUUGGCAUCAGGAAGAGCUUCCCCCUCUCCCAGCCUCACCUCGUUGACUUCACUCUCUACUAGUUGUACACUCACCUACUUGAGCUCACCCUAGCUUUCACAUGACGUGUUUUUACCUCAUUAAAACGACGUAAAAUGAACGUUGUGGUUGCCUUCUUGUGUUAGCUGGGACUAUAGUUCAAUGUGUGUAUACACUACCAGACCAACCACCGUCACUGCCACAACCUAUCAGUAGUUAAUAAUAGGUUUUUAGUUUAGGCUUAUAAUUCCCCCUUGGGCAAAUGACGUUAAUAGCGGGUAGAAAUAGCCUAAGCUACUCUAUCCCUUUGAGAUGUAUUUCUUUCUUGUCUCAAUAAACAUACUUGAACUUGACGUUAAUCUAACAGUAAAUCAAUGUUCAUGAUGUUGAUCUUUUGUUGAUUAGAUUUAACUGGCAAAUUCACUAUCAACAAGAGUUUUAGUUUAGUUCAUUUAUUAUGCACCCCAUACCCGUCUUGUCAACAACAUUCCGAGCAUUUCACAACUUAGGAAAUAACGCAAAACUUCCGUUGCUUAGAUGCACUAGCCCUAAAUAAUAGUAGUUUCAGGCAUAUAUGAAGUCACCUACAAGAAAAUAUCACGUGAAUCAAUAUAAGAUUCUUGUUAUCUGUUGAAAGUGCUUAUAAAAUAUAUAUAAUUCUUGUUUGAAAAUUAUUCGUUAAUAUUAUACAUGUUUGGAGUUUAUAUAUAUAAAUAUGAAAUUGUUUGUAAUACGAAAGGUAUAUGGAUUAUGCCUCCUGUAUACUGGAGGCAUGGUAUAUGGAUUAUGCCUCCUGUAUACUGGAGGCAUGGUAUAUGGAUAUGCCUCCUGCAUACUGGAGGCAUGGUAUAUGGAUUAUGUACUGGAGGUAUGGCCUCAGGGGUUUGAGAGAGGAAGUACCUGCACAGUGCUAGUUCGCCAAUGUAUAUUGCUGAGCUUAAAGCCUAGGUGACAGUUCCUCAGUCCAUUAUGCAACCUUUCCACCAAUUGCCCUCAACCCAGUGGCCACAACAGCCAAGAGUAACUACGUUAACGCGCUCCAAGAAGGAAGAAGUCGAUCAGUACACACAGUUACUCAGCACACUCACUGAGAGUGAGUACGCCUAGUUAUUACAGAAUUACGGGCUCACCAUAGCCCAUGCUACUUGGAACAUUUUGUUCCAAGUAGCGAAUCUUAACAACAACAAGCCUAGUUAUUAUGCACAUGUAUGCCAUGCACAUAAUAUGAUUAUAAAUAUACACAGUUAUAUUAUAUCGUAUACAUCCAUGGCUCAGUAUUUAAAGUUUUAUCAUAUGUUGACUGUGUCUCAUGUUUUAAAAUGAUUUAAAAAAGCAACUGUGCUGAUAUGGUAAUGAUACGGCUGAUAUGUUCAAUAUUUUAUACAAUGUUUAUGAAGCUUAUCUGCUUAAUAAAGCUUACUACACAUUGUCUUUUGUGUUAUUAUUCUAUAUGUUGUAUGACAUGAUUCCAGGUGUGCAACAAGGGUCCCCAUUUGCGACAGAUGUGUGACAUUAGAGAGAAAAUAAUGGGUGGUUAGGUUAG